AUGGCAUACUUUGUGAUUUUCAUGGGAUUAUUUUCAAAACGAGAUUGUGAUAAAGUUGCUAUUCAACGUGACGACGAAAACCUAAUCCGAGAACAAGAGCAAGCUCUUAUUAAACUUGGUGAACUUUAUCGUGAUCAAAGGAAGCCCCAUGAAUUAUCAAACUUGAUUCGUUCUUCACGAUCUUUUAUGGCAUCCAUUUCAAGGGCCAAAACUGCAAAAAUUGUAAAGACACUGAUUGAUCUUUUCGCUGAAAUUCCCGAGACAUUACCGCUUCAAAUUGAAAUCUGUAAAGAAACAAUUGAUUGGAGCGUGCAGGAGAAGCGAAUUUUUUUAAAACAAUCAUUGGAAACUCGACUAGUUGCUUUAUAUCUUGACAAUAAAAUGUAUCAUGAUGCUUUGACCCUUAUUAAUUCCCUUUUAAAAGAACUAAGACGGCUAGAUGAUAAAAUGGUUUUAGUUGAAGUUCAGCUAUUAGAAAGUAGAGUUUGUCAUGCAUUACGGAACGUACCAAAAUCUAGGGCUGCUUUGACGUCCGCCAGAACGUCUGCUAACGCCAUUUAUUGUCCACCUCUUCUCCAAGCUGCUCUUGAUAUGCAAUCUGGAAUUUUACAUGCUGAAGAUAAAGAUUACAAGACAGCUUAUUCGUAUUUUUACGAAACUCUUGAAGGAUAUUCAUCUCAAGAUGACCCUAGAGCUAUCCUGGCUCUUAAGUACAUGUUACUUUGUAAAAUUAUGUUGAAUUUGUCUGAAGAUGUAUAUUCAAUUAUUAAUGGUAAACUUGCAUUACGCUACGCGGGGCGUGAAGUUGAAGCAAUGAAGGCUGUUGCAACGGCGCAUCAAAAUCGUUCACUUAAUGAGUUUGAAACUGCACUAAAAACUUAUAGUGACGAGUUGGAAAAUGAUCCGAUUAUCCGAUCUCACCUCGCUGCUCUUUAUGACACUUUACUUGAACAAAAUUUGGUUCGCAUAAUAGAACCAUUCUCAAGAGUUGAAAUUUCGCAUGUUGCUGAAAUAGUAAAAUUACCUACUAGUCAUGUCGAAACGAAAUUAUCUCAAAUGAUUUUAGAUAAAGUAUUUCAUGGAAUUUUGGAUCAGGGUGCAGGAUGUUUAAUCGUAUUUGAUGAACCACCUCAAGAUAAAACAUAUGAAGCAGCAUUAGAAACUCUUAAACAGAUGGGGAAUGUGGUGGAAUCGUUAUAUGAGAAAAAUAUGCAUAGCCAUUUAUACAAUUCGAAAUAUCGCUCCAGUUAUUUCAAAGAAAAACAAAAACAAGCAGAAAAUGACGCGUUAGUAUUAGCAGAGUCAGUUUUGCUUUGGCUGACAAACGAACUUGGAUAUAGGCACGGACGAAGUGCUUCUAUACUCGAGGAAGUGACAGAUCAAGAGUUAACGAAGGAAGACAUACAAAAGAAUGAAUUUGUUCCUAUUCUCAAAUUUUUAAUGGAACACGUGAAAUCUUCAAAGGAAGCUGACCAAAUUCGAAAGUCGCUGGCCAACAACCAAGGUCGAAUUAAAAAAUCUCAUCAGACAAAACGUAAUAAAGGAACGAUAUCAUCAUCUGGAUCUUCAUUUACCGAAGAGAAUCACGCACAACGAAAAUUAAAAUUAGAAAAAAAACUUGCUCAAUCUAAUGAGGUUUUUCAAGAAACAGAACAACAAGUAACUCAAUUGAUUUCACGUAUUGCAGACGUUGAAUCACAAAUUCGAUCUGUUAAAGAUGAAAUAAGUGAAAAAAAAAAUAAGAUUUAUAUGAAACAGGUUUUUCGCGAGAAUUGUAAAAAUUUUAUGAACUCUGAAGCUGAAUAUCGAAAACUCUUGGAAAAGUCUAGAUCCAAAGCAGGACCCAAAGAUGAAUUAAGCUUCGCGCUGAAAGAGGAUCCAUUAAAGUCAACGUCACCAAAAGCAUUGCUUAAGUCUGUGUUAAAUGCAAUGAGAUCGGCAGCUAAAGAUUUAAACACAAAGUCUGAGCAGUUUACCGGCGAAAAAAUUAUUACAGAUGAUGAUUCUAGUCGAGUUCAGCGAAUGUUAUACACAUUUAUGAAAGAUCACGCGUCAAGGUUCUUUGAAGUUGAAAAAAUAUUAAAUGAUAUUAUAGAAAUCAAUGAAAAAAUAUUGGAAAAGCAUGCAUCAAUAAAGUUUCAUGUUGAGCAAAAAUACUCACACAUCCCAUCAAUAUCGAAUCGAAUAAUAUCAGUUAUAAAUGCGAAAGCCGAUUCUGAAGCUGCUCAAGCUGCACUUAAUAUGGCAUCUAGUUUUGCCGAAGAGCUUGAAAAACGAUGCCAAGAAUUAGCGCCAUUAAGUGAUGAAUUAGCAGAAAUUGCAGAUCGCGUUUCUGGUUCAAAUGAAAUUAUUAAACAAAAACAGAAAGACAUUCAAAAUUUAAUUUCCGUCAAUCAGCAAACAAGGGAAGGUUUGCUUGAACAGUCUCAAGAGAUAUCAAGAUUUAUACAGGAAGAGCUCAGUCCUUUUAAAUUGCAUUUUGAAUCUUUAACUAAAGAUCUUGAUUGCUUAAUGUUACAAGAGAACGAACAAUUUCAGGAUUUAGAUUUAAAGUUGGCAGUACAAGCCAAAUUAAACAAUAAUUCUCAAGCCGUUAGUUCCCUUAAUAUCUACAGAGUGCUUUAUGAUAAAUUUAUAGGAGAAAUAAAGAAAUUGUUACACUGUCCCAUGUAUUUGAGCACUGACUGCAUUCUUAGGAUUUUAGCUGAUUUGAAACGUGAAGGUGCUGCUUUCGAGAUUACGCGAAAUAAUUUAAUCAGGAAUAUGAACCUUUGCCAUAACGAAAUGCAGGAGAUUGUGAAUCGAUGGAUGUCUUCGAUACAUAGUGAUGUUAUAGAAGAAUCAGUGUUCAACAAAAAUAUAACAUAUGAGCAGACAAUUAAAGAUAUGGAAAGUUCAGUCGAGAGUUUAUCGGAUAUAUUGGAGAAACAAGAGAAAGAAUUUUUUGAAAAACAAAUUCCAAGAAUAAAAGAGGAAAUUGAGAAGAGCGAAGCGGCUGAAAAUGUUUAUAAAGAAAUUCAAGAAAUAAUCGAGGAACACAGUAAUAAAAUCAUGAGUGGUGGUCGGAUAAUCCUUUGA